AUGGAUUUUACCUUGAGGGAAGAGGUGGGUUCAGAGAUGGAGAAGAAACACCCAGCAUCGUCUCAGUCAAUGCCUAAAUCAAUCGACCAACUGAGAGUUGCGCCUCAGAAUUUGAAUAUUCUUUUUGACCAGAAAUUCCAUUUUUUUGGGAUUUUUGUGUGGGUGAGGAGACUGAGAUACAGAAGUAUAUUUCAGAUUACAAUGGCAUCACGUACUCAAGAAAAAGAAGGAUAUGAUCCCAAGCUCUAG